AUGUUCACUGUCUCGCAAGCCCUUACAUUGUGUAACCUCAUUAUAGUGUCUCUACUCUCCAGCACAAUAUUCGCUGAGGAUGUGUUGUAUAGUAGACGACAUGCACUUGCGAAGCGCGGUCUGGACGCAGACGGCAACUACAAUAUUUCAUUCUUUCACAUCAACGACGUUCAUGCUCACUUGGACGAAUUCAGUUCUUCUGGGACUGACUGUACACGACCUGAACGCGGAUGCUACGGCGGCUACGCACGCGUCAAGCAUGUGAUCGACCAGCAGCGGCCGGCAUACAACGACAGCUUGUUCAUCAAUGCAGGGGACGAGUUUCAAGGAACUAUGUUCUACACCUUCUAUGGUGGUGAAAAGAUAGCCGAAACACUCAACCAACUAGGCUUUGACGCCAUGACACUCGGUAAUCACGAGUUCGAUGCUGGAGAUGACACUCUAGGGGAAUUCUUGGAAAACCUUACUUUCCCUAUAGUCUCUGCGAAUAUUCAAUCGAACCAUCCUGUGCUUAAUCAGACCAUCAAGCCAUUCCACAUCUUUGAAGACAAGGGACUGGCUGUGAUUGGAGUAACAACCGAGACAACUCCAAGUAUCUCGAGUCCAGGCAGAGGCACAGUUUUCACUGAUGCUAUUGAAGCGGUCCAGAACACAGUCAACUUCAUCUACAACACCACAAACGUCACUCGUAUCGCCGCUCUGACCCACAUUGGGUACGACGAAGAUCAGAAACUAGCCGAAAGCACGACCGGGUUGCACCUCAUCAUCGGCGGCCACAGUCAUACCCCUCUUGGUGAUUUUGAGAUCGCCGAGGGCCCUUAUCCCACCAUCGUCGACAACGCUGACGGGGAUGAGGUUUUUAUUGUUACCGCAUAUCGGUGGGGAGAAUACCUAGGCUACAUUGACGUGACCUAUGACCCUACAGGAAAAAUACUGGCUUACCACGGAGGACCGAUUCACUUGACAAAUGAAACAGAUCAGGAUCCCGAGUUGCAACUCCAAGUCGACUCGUGGAGAGGACCAUUUGAGGAAUUCGCCGCGCAAGAGGUGGGCAUGUCACUUGUGGAGCUGGAUCAAACCACAUGUCAGCGACAAGAGUGUCUACUUGGUGAUUUCAUGGCAGAUGCCAUGUUUGAGUAUCGUCUCAACAGUUCCGACAGCGUUGACUUUGCAUUGAUUAAUGCGGGUGGUAUUCGAGCGACUAUCGAUGAAGGCCCGAUUACUCGCGGAGAAAUUCUCACGUCGUUUCCCUUUGGAAAUUCCAUCGUGGAGAUAACUUUAACCGGAGAUGAACUCUGGGGUGUUCUGGAAGGCAUCAUGACUCGUAUUAAUCAGAACAAUGGGAGACCAGUAACGAGCUUCUUACAAGUCAGUCGAGGAAUCGCCAUCGAAUACAAUCCAGCAAAUGAAAACGGCACGAAGCUAGUUGGGGUAACCAUUGGAGAUGAACCUCUGGACCUGGAAGCCGAAUACAACAUUGUGACUCUUGAUUUUUUGGCAGGGGGCGGCGACAACUUCUUUGAACCUACCACGGAUUUCAUCACCCUCGACACUCAAGACGAGGUCCUCACUCGCUAUGUUCAAGCCCAAAGUCCAGUGGAUAUCGAGCUCGACGGCCGUAUUCGAAUUGUCAACGGCACUGGUGGAACGGCGAAUGGCAAGGAGUCAGGUGAUGCUGCUGAAACCUCUUCGGGCACAUCCACCGAAACAGGUGGCACGUCAUCCCCAACUGGCGGCGCUCAAUCCUUGACCUAUUCUGUCCAUGUAUCACUAAUUGGUUUUGCAAUGUGGACAGCCAUGGUAGUGUUUGCUUGGUAA